GAAGCAACAACCACAACAACUGAGGCACCAACAACAACCACAACUGAAGCAACAAUUACAACUGAAGCAACAACCACAACAACUGAAGCAACAACCACAACUGAGGCACCAACAACAACUCCAACUGAGGCACCAACAACCACAACCAAAUCAUUAACAACCACAACUGAAUCAAUAACAACCACAACAACUGAAUCACCAACAACCACAACAACUGAAUCGCGACCAACGACAAGUGAACUACCAACAAUCACAACUGAUAAACCUCCAACAACAACAAUGGAAAUACCACCCACCAAUACAACUGAAUCACCAACAACCACAACUGAAUCACCAACUGCCACAACUAAAUCAACAACAACUUUGACAACAACUGAAAUACCAACUACUAUUACAACAGUAUCACCAACAACCACAACAGAAUCUCCAACGACCACAACUGAAUCACCAACAACCACAACCGAAACAUUGACCACAAUAACUGAGGCACCAACAACAACCACAACUGAAGCAACAACCACAACAACUGCAGCAACAACCACUACAACUGAGGCACCAACGACAACCACAACUGAAGCAACAACCACAACAACUGAAGCAACAACGACAACCACAACUGAAGCAACAACCACAGCAACUGAGGCACCAACAACAACCACAACUGAAGCAACAAUUACAACAACUGAAGCACCAACAACAACCACAACUGAAGCAACAACCACAACAACUGAAGCAACAAUUACAACUGAGGUACCAACGACAACCACAACUGAAAAACCUCCAACAACAACAAUGGAAAUACCACCUACCACUACAACUGAAUCACCAACUGCCACAAAUAAAUCAACAACAACUUCGACAACAACUGAAAUACCAACUACUACUACUACAACAGUAUCACCAACAACCACAACAGAAUCUCCAACGACCACAACUGAAUCACCAACAACCACAACAGAAACAUUGACCACAAUAACUGAGGCACCAACAACAACCACAACAGAAGCAACAAUUACAACAACUGAAGUAACAAUUACAACUGAGGCACCAACGACAACCACAACUGAAGCAACAACUACAACAGAAGCAACGGCCACAACAACUGAGGCACCAACAACAACUCCAACUGAGGCACCAACAACAACUCCAACUGAGGCACCAACAACCACAACCAAAUCAUUAACAACCACAACUCAAUCAUUAACAACCACAACUGAAUCAUUAACAACCACAACAACUGAAUCACCAACAUCCACAACAACUGAAUCACCAACAAGAACAACUGAAACACCUACAACCACUACAACAACUGACUCACCAACAUCUACAACCGACUCACCAACGACCACAACUGAAUCACCAAUGACCACAACUGAAUCACCAACAACCACAACAGAAACAUUGACCACAAUAACUGAGGCACCAACGACAACCACAACAGAAGCAACAAUUACAACAACUGAAGUAACAAUUACAACUGAGGCACCAACGACAACCACAACUGAAGCAACAACUACAACAGAAGCAACGACCACAACAACUGAGGCACCAACAACAACUCCAACUGAGGCACCAACAACAACUCCAACUGAGGCACCAACAACCACAACCAAAUCAUUAACAACCACAACUCAAUCAUUAACAACCACAACUGAAUCAUUAACAACCACAACAACUGAAUCACCAACAUCCACAACAACUGAAUCACCAACAAGAACAACUGAAACACCUACAACCACUACAACAACUGACUCACCAACAUCUACAACCGACUCACCAACGACCACAACUGAAUCACCAACGACCACAACUGAAUCACCAACAACCACAACUGAAUCAACAAAAACUUCUACUACAACUGAAUCACCACCUUCUACUACAACGGAAAAACCAACAACUGAAACUUCAACAAACACAACUGCAUCACCAACCUCAACAACUGAGGCACCUACGACCUCAACACCUUGAACAACCACAACAACUGAAUCACCACCAACCACAACAGAUUCACCAACAUCUAUAACCAUAACAAUAUCAAAAAACAACCGAAGUCCCAAGAAAUACAUAUAAAUCAUCAACAACUACAAUCACAAUCAGAUUCAUCAGAUCCACUGCAGAACAAAGCUUUUUUAAUUGCUGUAAUUGUCUUUUAUUACAUUUUAAUCAGGUUUUUGGGAUUUUUUUGCUUUGGCCAUCUGGGGUUAGCAAAGGCCCGUGGUGAGAAAUUCACAAGGCAACCCCUGUAUACUGUAUGUACACCUAUUCAUGUUGCUAUACAGUGUAGUGUUAGGGGGAUGGGAAUGAGAUGCACCUGGAGGCUGAACGGAGAGUACAGGGUUCAUUUGCACUGGUUCAAUGUAAUAAAAUCAAUCAUCACAAGAUAAUAGGUAUUGGGAUAAAUGGAAAGACAAAGAUUUUCUGACAAUACAUGAUUCACCAUCACUAUGAAAAACAUUCAAGAGUGUGACGCACAGACAGUGAAGAAGGAAUUUGUGCAGGCAUCGGUUCAGCAUUCUAUGUUGAGUUGUAUCAGCUCCACUAAACAAAUGUAAAAAGGUACAGCAACUUUUUUGGUCCUCAACACCAGGAGGACCAGGGCUGCUUUUUAGUCAGACGACAUGGUGCUUUCAUGAAGACCAGCUUGGAUUUUGUACUACUUCUUAUUUCAUGCCUGUAUGACCUUAGUACUCACUAUAAUACACUCAAAUAAAGUAAUGUGAUCCAUGAGAAAGCCUAAUGAUUUCAGGCCAUGAACCAGGAAAUUGAUCAACU